GCCCCCCGGCCCGCCCGCCUCCGGCGCCCGCCCCCCCCCCCCCGGCCCGCGGUCAAACCGCCCCGACCCGCCCGGCUCCCGCUCCGGCCUCGACAGCCGUCGCGCCCAUGGCGGCCUUCGGUGGUGCCCGGCCGCGGCCUCUGCUCCUGCUGCUGCUCGCAGGCCUCGUACAUGGCGCAGCAGCAGUGUUUGUGGUGAAGGAUGCCAACGGGACGGCUUGCAUCAUGGCUAACUUCUCGGCUGCCUUCUUGGCGAGCUAUGAAACCAGGAGCGGUCCUAAGAAUGUAACCUUCGACCUGCCGUCUGAUGCAGUGGUAUUAAAUAGCAGCUCUUGUGGUAAAGAGAACACUUCUGACCCCAGUCUCAUGAUCGCUUUUGGAAAAGGACAUGGGCUGACCCUCAAUUUCACAAGAAAUGCAACACGUUACAGUGUUCAGCUGAUGAGUUUUAUUUAUAACUUGUCUGACACACAGAUUUUCCCCAAUGCAAGCUCCAAGGAAACCAAGACUGUGGAAUCUGCAACUGACAUCAGGGCAGACAUAAAUAAAAAAUACAGAUGUGUGAGCAACACCCAGAUCCACAUGCACAAUGUCACUGUCACGUUCCGUGAUGUCACGAUCCAGGCGUACCUUGCCAACAGUAAUUUCAGCAAGGAAGAGACACGCUGUGAGCAAGAUGGGCCUUUCCCAACAACAGUGCCGCCGCCACCUCCCCACCCUUCACCGUCCCCAGUGCCCGAGAGCCCCUCUGUGCACAAGUACAACGUGAGUGGUGCCAACGGGACCUGCCUCCUGGCCAGCAUGGGGCUGCAGCUGAAUGUCACCUACAAGAAGAAGGACAACACGACUGUGGUGAAAGUGGUCAGCAUCAACCCGAAUAAGACCACCGCCGGAGGGAGCUGUGGCGCCCAGCUGGUGACCCUGGAGCUCCGCAGCGAGAGUGUCACUCUCCUGGCCUUCCAGUUUGGGAUGAAUGCAAGUACUAGCCGGUUUUUCCUGCAAGGAAUCCAGUUGAAUAUGACUCUUCCUGAUGCCAGAGACCCCACCUUUAAGGCUGGCAACAACUCUCUGAGGGCACUUCAGGCCACCAUUGGGAAUUCGUACAAGUGUAACGCCGGGGAGCAUGUGCAAGUCACAGAAGCCUUUUCUGUCAACAUCAUCAAAGUGUGGGUCCAGGCUUUCCAGGUGCAAGGUGACAAGUUUGGGUCUGUGGAGGAGUGCCAGCUGGAUGAGAACAGCAUGCUGAUCCCCAUCGCCGUGGGUGGUGCCCUGGCAGGGCUGGUCCUUAUCGUCCUCAUCGCCUACCUCAUUGGCAGGAAGAGGAGCCAUGCCGGCUACCAGACGAUCUAGCACAGCUGGGAGAGGCACAGACCAGCAGCUGCUGCGGGGCCUCUGCUCAUUUUCCUGAGUUUAGAUUGGUGUUGAGGGAGGCACACUUUCUUGCAAACUGAUUUCAAAUCUGCUUUAUCCAAUGUGAAGUUCACCCUGCAGCAUUUACUAUGCACAAGAGUAACUUUAAAAUGACGGUGUUAAUUUUGCUAACUGGGUUAAGUAUUUUGCUAAUGGUUAAAUGUUAAUAUUUACCAAAGUAGAACUUUAAGGUGGGAGGGUAAGAAUGCUUAUCUAAAAGGGCACUGGCUCCACUAUCAUUUGGCUUUUAAGCCAAAUUUAAGAUUCUGGUGUUUGGCCUCUUCAUUCUUGAUUGAACUUUGUAGCCUCGCCGUGGGAGGUACCUGGUCUUGACCUGAGGACUGAGGAGAGCUGUUUAAGUGUUAGACUGGUAUGCAUAAGAAAUUAAUAGAGAAAGAUCUGAAAACAGAAGUACUCCAAAAGAUGAAAAUCCGGAACACUUAAAUUAAGCUUUAGAAGCCAAGACUGGCCCGGCCUCCCUCCCCCUCCGGGCGCACAGCUCAGUACUACAGCAUCAGGGCCUGCCUGUGGUCUUUCCAUGCUCUGCCACUCGAGAGCUGGCACUUUUUUUAAAUAGACAAAUGGGUGUUAUUUUUAUUUACCUUUUUGUAAAGUGAUUUUCAGUCUUCUGUUUGAGGUUCGGGGUGAUCCUGUCCUGCACUUGUGUAAAUACUGGGUAUCACGCUCUGAUCUACCCGCUUGCCGCUCGGGUGGCUGUGCACUGAGGACCCUUCAUGUCACGCAUUGCUGUAACAAUGCUAAUAAAACAUCUCUUUCUUUC